GCACUCGUUUCCGUCAGACUUACUCACCCACGUAAGCCCCGCCUCAUCUCAUAACAGUGUGUUAGGGACCACAGCAGUGAGUUAGUGGUCUGUCAGGUGUGAUCUAGCCAGGUGUGGUACUUCCAGGUGUGAUCAUGCUCCGUCUGGUCAGGGCACUUCAGCUUCUGAUGCUUCUGAUGCUGCGUGAGAGCAGCUCAGCCUUUCACAACAAUGCCACGGAGACGGGCAGUCUGCAGCUGGUCCCGGACGAGCCGGAUCAGACAGAAGAAGAAAACAUCAAUCAGGCGAGUCGCGGCAGGAGACGGCCGGCUGAAGCCGUGAGCACUGACCUAGACCAGAACCAGGUGCAAUGCAGGGAGCUCAGGUCCACAAAGUUAAUUUCUGAUGGUAAGUGCACCAGCGUCACUCCCAUCAAGGAGUUGGUGUGUGCUGGGGAGUGCCUGCCAGCUCACCUGGGACCCAACUGGAUCUCAGGUGGAAAAAGGUACUGGAGCCGCCAUGAGACCCAGGACUGGCGCUGUGUCACAGACCGGUCCAGAACCCAGCGGAUCCAGCUACAGUGUCACAACGGCAGCUCCAGGACCUACAAGAUCACUGUGGUGACCUCCUGCAAGUGCAAGCGCUUCACUAGGCAGCAGAACAACUCAGAACACAAAGACACGUCAGCCCAGAGCCAGAAGCCCAAGAAGACCCAGGACAGGUCUGAUCCUCCAGAGGGGUUUGCUGAAAACUAAAACCCACCAUGGUCUUGUGUUCUCCUGCAGUCAUCAUCAAGGUUCUGUUCCAUGUAACCUGGACUUGAGGAGGGAGACCAGGCUCAUUGCUUUGUGACUUGUCUGCUGGACCUCAAACAUGUGACUGUGAGGAGCAUUUACCCAGCAGACUCUGUUCCAGGACAGACUCUGGUCAUUCACCAAUAACCGUGAGAACAGGAGCAACCUAAGAAACAAAACCAGACCUUCAAACCGCAUCAAUUGGACUUCUGCUGCAGACUUUUAUUACAAAUAAACUCAUUACAUCAUCAAGUGUUCAUUGGGGUGUUAUGCUGAUGGGUCUGAUUGCUCGUUAGGGUCAGUACUACCCGUCAUUGUGGUUAUUUCUCACAAGCAGCUGAAUCUGCACCGUUGGAGGACUUUGUGGUGGCUGUAGGAUGUGGGGCGUGUCUGUCAGCGAUGCUCCUCACACAUGUAGAUAACUAACCAGAAUAGAGACAUGCAUAGAGGUCUUCGUUUUUGAUGUGAUUGUAUUUUUUUUAACCGGGAAGUUGCUUUUGUCACAAAGAUCUAAGUAAACACUGCUGAUGUUCUGCCGCGAGGCUGCUGGCGUGUCCGGCAUCAAAGUGAACAGGAAGUCCCUCACAAAGACCUCCAUCGACAGCGUCCUACUUGGUUUUGUUGUAAACGUAGGAGAUCCCUUCAGCUCCAGGCAGAUUGUACUCACACUAGCUCGCUAAAAGAUUUGAUUCUAUCGGUUCUUUGUUUUCUUUGACAGCUGUGGGUAGGGGGUAAAAAGAAUCACCUGCACUGGAGGACAACAGGAUGUUUAACUUGUGUUAGAGGGAAAAGGGCAGACUUGUCUUUUAUCCUUUAUAUCCUGUAGAGAAGAAACUUUACAGGAGGUUGAAGUGCUGAUUGGCAGGUAGAGAUUUUAUUGACGCUGUGUUUUCCCACGUUUGUAUCAGAAACCAAGAGAAUAAAUCAUUAAAUCAUG